UGUAAAGGCGAAUCCGGAUAUGUAAAGAAUUAUUCCUUUGCCUCUUUCUUCUUUCUCUCUGUACGCCUAUGGUAAAGGCUGUCAAGGGCAGGUGUGAUAGAUGUCUCUCCUUACAUCUGUUUCACUUUCCUGUCAUCAACUACACAGCUAGGUACCUGAUAGCGAAGAGUAGUUAUAACGUGAUCUAUUUUCAUCAGGCCAAUAUAUUCAAUAUAUGCUCUUUAGCUACGGUUAGAAUCAUUAUAUUCCCUCACAGCACACUAGGAAAUCGCGCCAUCUACAUCUCAGAUAUAUAUAUACAUACCUAUGUACACACCCAAGAACAGACCGCGAACAAUGCGAGGCGCGGAGGCUGUGCCGUAGGGGCAGCGAGUCUAUAAUGGUAAACGCCCCAUCCGGCAGGAUCGACAGCUUUUUCCUCCAGGAGCUAGCCAGCCAGAGCAAAAGAAGAAGAAAGAAAUGCAGCAACUUGGCGUUUGUUCUUCUCUCCCCAGCUUCAUAAUCCCCGUCUCCUUUUUCUUCGCGUCGAGCGGGCCGGCUUAUGCUAAGUAGGUAUCAAGGAAUGUACUCUGUAGGUAAUAAAAAGAAAGCCCACGGGGCCGUUCCGUGCCGCUCUUGUCCCUGACGCUAAAACAAUGAGGCAUGGAAUCUAUUUUCCUUCUAUCCCGAGAACUGCCCCUUUGGCGUCACUCCUGUCCAUGUCGGAAAGGAAGGCAAGAGAGAGAAAGGAGGACGAGGAGGGAUUGGGCAUCACAAGAAUCCCAUGAUAUAUAAUAAGGGCUAGCGAUCCCCAAAGUUCCCCCCUUUCUCUCGAAGGGAAUUAUCGCGAUAUCUCGUCAGACGCCUUUCACACCCCCCACAAAGCGGUUGAUUUUUCUUUUCCUUUAUGGACUCUGCCACUCCUUAGCCUAUUUAUCCCCAUCUCUCCCUCCCACAAAAUCCCCAAUCCAACAACCAUGUUGAAGAACUCCCUCCUCACCUUCCUCGGCCUCCUCGCCGGGACCACCCUAGGUCUCCC